AUGCAAGUCCUUCUCCUCGGUGGCCACGGCAAGGUGGCCCUAUACAUGACCCCACUUCUUCUGAACCGCGCCUGGAGCGUUACCAGCGUAGUGCGCAACCCAGACCACGAGAGCGAGAUCCUAGCGCUCGGCAAGGGCCGCAAGGGCAAGCUUAAUGUGUUGAUUUCGAGUCUCGAAGAUGUGAAAAGCGCUGCCGAUGCCCGAAAGAUCAUCGACACUGUAACUCCGGACUUUGUAGUCUGGUCGGCUGGAGCCGGCGGAAAAGGUGGACCAGCUAGCACAAUCGCCAUCGACCAAGAAGCCGCCAAACACUUUAUGACAGCUUCAUUCGCUGCACCCAGUGUCUCAAAGUUCCUCAUGGUCUCCUGGAUUGGCAGCCGUCGUAGCCAGCCCAGCUGGAUGCCCGAUGACGCCUGGGCAGGUAUCAUGGUUGGCAAGACCGAGAGAUUGCCCACAUACGCUGCAGCGAAGCUCGAGGCCGACGAGUACAUGACUGCAUUGGCAGCCAAGCGCAAGCAGGAUCCUGCGCUUGCGUCGCAUCCAUUCCAGGCGAUUAAUCUUCGGCCUGGUGUGCUAACUGAUGAACCUGCUACUCGGAAGGUGGAGUUGGGAAUUACCGCUAAGGGGAGGGGAAGUGUUACGCGGGAGGAUGUGGCGAUUGUUGCGGAUCAGUUGCUUGCAAGAGCUGAUACAGAUGGCUGGUUUGAUCUUGUUAAUGGAGAUUUGCCAGUCGAGGAAGCUGUUGAGAAGGUUGCGGCCGAGAAGAUUGAUGCAGUCAAGGAGGAGGAUGUGGAUGCAAUGGUGAAGCGUUUCUUCCCUUAG